AUGAAGGACGGCCUUGUCACGGCCUCUCAGGUCACCAGCAAUGCCAUUGCCAUCGUCGAUGGGCUCAGUUCAUUAUUCAAGAACUUCCAAGUCCCCAUCAACGCGACCAAUAUCGCCAGCCGCCGGCUACUGUCUCAGGGGAGCGAUGCCAAGGGUUAUCCCACGUGGUUCUCGGCCCAUGACAGGAAGCUCUUGGCUGUCAAUGCGAGAGGUGAGUUGAAGCCUAACAUGGUGGUAGCUCAGGAUGGGAGUGGAGACUAUAAGACUAUCAACGCUGCCCUCAAUGCCAUGCCCAAGAAGUAUACAGGCCGCUAUGUGAUCUACGUCAAGUCCGGGAUCUACGAGGAGAAUGUCAUCGUCACCAAGGACAAGGUGAACGUGUUCAUGUACGGUGAUGGACCAAGGAAGACAGUCGUGACUGGCAGCAAGAACAACGUCGAUGGCGUUCAAACCAUGAAUACUGCGACCUUCGCUACCGAAGGGCAGGGCUUUAUUGGCAAGUAUAUGGGGUUCAGCAACACCGCAGGACCAGAGAAGCACCAAGCCGUGGCGCUUCGUGUGAAAGGGGACAUGUCAGCCUUCUUCAACUGUCGUAUGGAUGCGUUCCAGGACACUCUCUACGUGCAGGCCCAUCGGCAGUUCUACCGCAACUGUGUGGUAUCGGGGACUGUUGACUUCAUCUUCGGUGACUCCUCCACCAUUCUUCAAAACUGCCUCAUCGUGGUGCGGCGCCCCAUGGACAAUCAACAGAACACGGUGACAGCACACGGACGACAGGAGGAGAAGGAAGAUACCGCACUUGUGAUCCAAAACUGCUGCAUCGUCCCCGACAAGCGCUUGUUCCCUGACAGGUUGAAGAUCCCCAGCUACCUUGGUCGGCCUUGGAAGGCAUACUCGAGGACCAUCAUCAUGGAUUCCACCAUCGGCGACUUGAUCAAACCGGAGGGAUGGUUGCCAUGGGAUGGCGACCAGUUGUUGAAGACACUGUUCUAUGCCGAAUAUGGCAACCGUGGGCCCGGUGCCGUGACCAGCGGCAGGGUGAAUUGGCCUGGGUUUCAUGCCAUCAACAGGCAGACGGCCCAAGCGUACACAGUGAAUUCCCUAAUCCAAGGUCACCACCGGUGGAUCAAGUAUUCGGGCAUACCCUAUUUUGGUGGGUUUAAAAAUUGAUGUCCUUCCUAUCUUGCAUGC